AUUUCUAAGAGAUUAAAACGUCAUUAGUCUGCGGAAUCGAUACACACUAGUACAUUUAGGAUCAAACUUUGUAUUCAAUAUACUCUUACGAAGGCACUUGAAAAUUUUAAUAUUUUGCGUUAUUCAAUGAAACAAAUGAUUAUUCACUUUCAAAACUUAAAAAUUUCCUUCUACAAUUUUCACGCGUAAGUAUCCGUUAAUUGCUGCAAUAAUUAUAAGAGCCAGUAAACUUUGCCAACAAUUUCCUUCGAUUUUAUGGUUUAAAAAUACACGUUGAGUGCACUAUGACUGUGCUGGGGUUUUCCACAGCUUAGAUUGCAAUAGAUAGAAACAAUUUUCACGUCCGAUUCUUUUUUUUUAUAACUAAUUUAUCGCUAAUGAAUUUCAUGUAUUACAAAGUAGAAACUUGUUCGCAUUGAAACACUAGCCUCGCGCGUUUACAAAGCCUGUGUGAGAAAAAAAAUGCUUUGAAUACAGCGAUAUAUUUUCUUCAAAAUUAACUACAUAAAUACACGUGAAAUCCAGAAAUCCGCAACCUACAAACGCGAGAUCUAUAAUUACCAUAAAUCGUCGCCAAAUCGAGUAUCCUCGAGAACGACAAUGAAAAUCGUAUCCUGCCCCCCCGCCUGCGAUCUCGCGAAAAUAAUCCGAUCUUCAUCAGAAGACAAUCACAUUCGUGGGCGUAGGCCGAGUAAGAGCCAGUUCCGAAUAAUCGUUACUCAAGCAGAUAGCCUUAGCCCAGUCUCUCCUGAGGUGCUUCGGGAUUUCUCAAGGACUUGCUCGACGUCGUCGUUGCGGUGUGCUCGCGCGGAAUGUAAUUUUCGCUCGGCGCGCAUCGCCGAUCGCGCCUGAACAAGUGCACCUGAACGGUUUUCCCCGGCGGUUGACCGAUAUGCGCAAGAUCGGUAGCAAAAACCAAUGCACCUACUGUCUCGCUGAGGGAAGGGGAAGGGGAUCGUUUGUGCUUAUGGGAGUGCGCGUACAGCGCGAACGAAAAGGAAAGGUGUCGUGGAAAAAAGAGAAGAAAACAAAAGCCGAUCGGCCGGCGGCGAUUCUCGUAACCCGUGAAUGACACGGAGCCGCGUGCGCGCGCUGCGUAUGAGUCUGGUUCGCGGUGUCACGAAGUAGGACGUCGCGCGCAUGAUAAUUAAGAAUCUAAGGUCAGUCGCAGUCUUUAAAAAAGGGUCGCCGAUCGCUAGACCGGCGUCAGAGCGAAUUCAGUCAUCAUGCCGUGCAUCCACAGGUGGUGCGUCGUUCUUCUUGCGAUUUGCUUGCUGCAGUUCGCCCGGUGCGAGGAUCCCCAAAAUGCGGAGGCGGAGCGGCUGCGGAAUACACCGCCGGAGCUCAGUUCGGUUGGCGGAGACCCGGCGUUACCGGGUCAAGCUCAAGCUCGAUUUUUGCCGUUCUCCGCGAGCUUUUCCCUGAGCGCUGGAGGCAACAAUGCCCAAACUUUCAGCAUUGCCGGGACCCCUGACGGCAUCGGUCUGUCUCAAAGCUCGAGCCAUGGAUCGGCGGGAACCAACGGAAAUCCCGGCUCAUUCUCGGCGAGUCAGUCGUCGUCGGUAGCAGCCGGUCUCAACGGCAUUUCCGCCUCGGACUCGAACGCCUUCGCUGCUAAUCACCCGUUGUACGGGCCAACUGCGCAGGCUAAUGGCAAUUCAUUCGCCGUGGGUCAAGCGGCUGCCUCUGCUCACGGAGAUGUUGUCAAUGGCCAAGCAGUGUCCGGUGCGCAAUCUUCCGUUGGUGGAACUCACAGUCAGGCCUCUUCAUCGGCUAAUGCAGCUGCGUCAGCUGCUAACAGUCAGAAUUUAAUUCAUCUGAGGCCCGAAAGACCAGCGUGGGGUAACGCACAGCCGAAUUAUGCCAGUGGGAACAAUAACGGUGAUUAUUAUUACAACUCUCAAGGCAAACCAUCAUUGACGAUAACCGUAAGCGAUGAUCGCAAUCGAUUCGGCACGAAGCCAACGAACGGCUGGUACGAAGUUCCGGAGACUCCUUCUCGCGAGUCCUGGAGACGCCCUGCUUAUUGCGAUCAGUACAACGGCUGGUACCGCGAUCCACGAUGCCGUAGUCCCAAGGUUGUUGUUACCAAGCCCACUUACAGGCCAAGCAGACCUGUGUACUUUGAGAAUACUAGGGAUCCAAGACAGGAAGGUGGAAGGGUUCAGAUCUCCGCUGCUUCGGCUGCUUCUUCGGCACAGUCAGGACCCGGUGGAUUAUCCAUCGGUCAGUCGUCGGCACAGUCGCAGAGCUUGGGCGACCGUCAACCUGGUUCCCUGACCAUCAAUCGCGUCGAAGCAUUUGGUAACGCCCAAGCUCACGCUCAGGGUGCCGCUGUACACCACCACCUUGGCCGUCCUGGCAACCUCCAGGCGAGUCUGGGUUCCGGUUCCGCGUCGGCGAGUUCGCGACCUGGUGGUUUUGCUCAGGGAAGCAGUGUCAGCUCCUCUUCGGGAGGCAAUACCAACAGCCAGGUCAACACGUCCAGCGGAGGAGGUGGUGCCGCUCAUGGUGCCGCCAGCGCUGGAUCCGUGGUCACUUUCCCGGGACCCAGCAGUGCGAAGCAGAUCAUACCCAAGGAGUUCAUCAGAAGCAAAAGGCCGAAGGACGAGGAUGAUUUUGACGAACUGAUAACUGACUUCACUGAUACUGUUUACGAGUUUUUGGAUGUUUGAUUGGAGUAUAUCGGUAUUUUUGUAUAGAAGUGUGCGAUGUAGGAACGAAUGAGUGCGGAACUGAAUGCAUUAUUUUGUAAUUUAUGAGUACAGGCCAUUGAUUGAUUUGCCAUUUUAAUUUUAAAGAAUUGUAAAUAUAGAAAUGUUGUGAUUUCUUGAAGAUUCGUGACGAUUGAAGAAUAGUUACCUGCACUGAUGAAAUGUUCAAUAUCAGAAAACAACUUAUUCAAUAUAUUAUGUAGUGUAAUUAAAUUCUGAUAUAAUAUAGUGUAUAGUUUAACUCA